GCGAGCUUUCAAGGUUUCACUCGCAUCUGGCGGAGUCAGGUAAGCAGAAAGCAGGCGGCUAGCUGAAGGUGGAGGGAGGCCAGCUGGUAAGAGCUAAGGAGAGAAACGCUGAGCUGAAGCUGGAAGCCAAAGAAGAGAGAAUGGAGAGGACGGUCAGUCUCCCCAACCAGCCAGAGAAGCUCACCACAGUGAAGCUGGUGGAGAGCAGCGCGGCCCCCAGUGGAGUGGAACUGGUCAGCUCCUACCAGACCAACAGGGUGGGAGACCCCAUGGACCUGGUGGCCCUGGCCGGACAAGUCCAGAAGGGGGACGACUUUGUGAAAGCCAACGCUUGCAACAAGCUGACGGUGAUCGCCGACCAGAUCAGGUACCUGCAGGAGCAGGCCAGGAAGGUGUUGGAGGAAGCAAAAAGAGACGCCGACCUGCACCACGCCGCCUGCAACAUUGUGAAGAGGCCAGGUAACACGUAUUACCUGUACCAGCGGCCGUCUGGACAGAACUACUUCUCCAUCAUCUCCCCCAAGGAGUGGGGACCCAGCUGCCCUCACCCGUUUCUCGGCGCCUUCAAGCUGCAGCACGACAUGUCCUGGACCCCCGUGGACCAGGUGGAGAAGAGGGACGCAGAGAUCGCCAUCAUGGACAAGCUGCUGAGCCAGCAGACAGCCUUACCUCCGUACGCCGGACCCAACUUCAAAGGUCUGACUGAGUAACCGACCUGGGCCAGAACACCAUCAGGGAUGAACAGCGCCACCUGUCUACUGGACAUGUUGGUCCACACAGGGACUACAAACUGCUGACAGUGUGUCACCGUCUGUCUUAAGCUGCUUAAGUUGACCUAAAAUCAUUUUCUUAGACAAACCAAACGCCUGUGGAUGUAAAUCGGUACCAUUUAAGGUUCUUACCUCACAUGUAGCUUAGCAACAACAACAUCACACCUACAGCUAUCAGACUAAAUGUGCACUUCUACCAGAAUUAAAGAAAAUGUUAGUACCUGUGGUGGAUGCAUUUCUCACAUGUCGCCACCUACAGGUGCAGCUCAUGAACUGCAUUCGGUUCAAAAUAGUGAAACUUGUAUUUAUUUCUUACAGAGUGAUGGGUUUCAGCUGUUUCUGGUCCUUCAGAUCAUUCAGAUGAUUCUGACUCCCAGGUGGACCAGAACCCAAAAUUCAGUUUCUCAGAACCAAAGAUAACCCAGAGCAAUAAAAGAGCAUUUAGAGAGAGAAACAUGGAGCUGCUGUAGCUCGUCUGGUUCGUUGGUUCUGGUCCCAUCUUCCCUCGUCUAAAGAGGUUCUCUGCAGGGUUCUGGUCCCAGCAGCUUUUUAGACAACCCAGUGGACCAGAACCAGCAGAUGAAAUGUUGCAGACGCUGGGACCUUGAUUUCCAAAUGAAAACUCUAGUUUGAUCGUAAAGAGCAGAUUGGACCACAGCCCACAUGUUUCUCUCCUGACGUCCUCAUAAGGAGACGUCAGGUUUACCACAGGACCAGGACCUGGUCCAGGUCCAGGUCCAGGUCCUGGUCUGUUGAAGCUCUGACUCCUGCUGUGCUCCACACCAUCAAGCUCCUCCAUGAUCUUUGCUUCAGUCUUCAAGGCUUCCAGCUGCUUGGGCUCAUUCUUCCCUCCCCUCCAGAACUCUGAGUAACGACGGGUUGUGCCCCCCCCCCCUCCCCCCGUGGAGGGCGUCGGUACCGUGUUUGUGACGACAGCAGAACAUCUCAGGCCGUAAAGUGCUUUGGUUGGAUGUAACUGAGUUUUGGGUUUUCCUUAGAUAUAGAAACACCUGAACCUUCUUCCUGUGUGGAAUGAAUCUCUGAGUUUCACUUUCUGAACUGGACUACUGGAAUAAAGGAACUUUGUGACCAUAUUAACCUUCAGACUUUUAAUUUCAAGACCAAUAAAGUGCAAUUGUUUCAUGUUAAA